CAAUAAUGCAGUUGAAGUUGCUCUAUCAAAACACGAGUUUUGAAGUUUUCAAAAGUAAUAUGAACACUAAAAAAAAGUAAACAGAUAAACGUUUGUUGUGAUCUAACAAGUUUUGGAAUAGACGCUUCAACCAGAAAAGAGAAUCUCUGAAGCUAUCUUCAUCAUCUUGGUUUGAUGUUUAAUAAACUACAAAACUCGGGAAAAGACAGAUUGAAGGUGGAAAUGGGGAAGGAGUGCAAAAGCCUGGUGUUUUGCCUGCUUACUUUUACUCUGCUCUAUGCAGCAUUUUCCCCUUCGUAUAUUAAUCCAUUUGAUACAUGGAAGCAAAGACUGUCAAAUUGGAAUGGUGGUAACCAAAACAGCAUAGUUGACAGAGGAAUUGAAGAGAAAGAUGGCCAGAAGUUUCUCCUGAGAAGACUAGUUAGAGGAGAAGAUCGAAUUCGUCUAGACUCCACUGGAUUUUCAUGCAACUCUGACUUCCAUUCUGAAGUAUGUAUAGCCGAUAAACCAGUUAUAGUGGACAAUAAUGAACAAACAAUAUAUGUUCCAUCCACUGAGACCCAAGCCAAGCAUAUGGUUCAGCCAUAUGCCUUGAAAGAUGACCCCACUGCAAUGAAGUAUGUCACACCGGUGAAAAUACUUCACGGAAACACUCAUCUGCCUUCUUGCGAUUUCAAUCAUAAUGUCCCGGCUGUUGUUUUCUCCUCUGGUGGCUUCACCGGGAACAUAUUUCAUGAAUUAAAUGAGCUCAUCAUCCCCUUGUUCAUCACCUGUCGCCAUUUUGGAUCCAAUGUACGGUUUGUCAUUACUGAUUUUAAACCAUGGUGGGUUAGCAAAUAUAACCGAAUUCUAUCUCGGUUGUCUCGCUUUGAAGUUCUAAAUCCAGCAGAAAAUGGAACUGCACAUUGCUUUCCAGGCGCCAUUGUAGGGCUUAAGUACCAUGACAAUCUAGCGUUAAACUAUUCUGAAAUUCCAGGAGGGUAUUCCAUGUUUGACUUCAAACACUUCCUCAGAGAAACAUAUGACUUGAAGCAUAGGGAUGUGCCCAAUACAGAAAAACCAGUGCUAAUUCUUAUAUCUCGUCCCAACUCAAGAAGAUUUUUAAAUGAGAGGGAAAUGAAGGAAAUGAUGAAAGAAUUGGGCUUUCAAAUCAUCGUCGCAACACCUAACAGGAUGUCAAAUUUAGACAAGUUUGCUAGCUUGGUGAACUCGUGCAGUGUCAUGGUUGGUGCUCAUGGUGCUGGUCUUGCAAACUCCGUGUUCUUGCCAUCUGGAGCGGUGAUGGUGCAAGUGGUGCCGCUGGGGCUGGAAUGGGCUUCAACUAACUACUUUGGAGGACCAGCAACUGAAAUGGAGGUAAAAUAUCUGGAAUACAAGAUUACAGCAGAGGAAAGUUCACUAUCAAGUACCUAUGGUCCAGAUGAUCCAGUCAUUAAAGAUCCCGAGUCUAUAUUCCUGAAGGGGUAUCAUGUUGCUAGGGAUGUGUAUGUUCAUGGGCAGAAUUUGCAGAUUAACGUGACGAGGUUCAGAGAAACCCUUGUUGAAGCAAUGAAACUUCUUGGCCGAUAUGAGCCUCUAAAAUGAAGUAAUAUUGAUGGAGAUCGUAUCUGUCACACAAAUUCAGGAUUUCAUUGUAAAAAGAAAUGCAGAAUAACCAGAGUUGAUAAACAUGGUAACAAUAUAAUCAAUCCUAGAGCAUCCUUCUCUUCC